AGCCUGUGAAAAUCUUUGACACAUCUCAGUAAUGAACCUCAGUCUUCAUUGACAGGACCAUGACCACUAAGUCUCAGUUGAAAACCGCCGUGCUUGUCAACAACCCCCCAGGAAAUGACUUCUGGCAUGAUGUGAAGAAGUCUUUCCGAGACGUUUUCAGCCUCGUAGCCCCAGAGGCUGAGGUCACAUUCUACGACCCCCAUUUCGACUUGAUUGUCCUCAGCGGGGGCAAGGCCGACGCUUCCUCGUCGGAACCAUGGGUUCUCGGCGUCCUUGACUUUAUUCGCAAGAUAGCCGACGGCACCUCAAAGACAAAACUCUUAGGAAUCUGUUGGGGCCAUCAAGCAAUUGCACGAGCACUAGGUGGCGAGGUUCGACCGGUGCCAACAGGCCCAAUCGCCGCGAUUCAAGAUAUCCAGUUAACCGAUUUUGGCAGAGAUUUCUUUGCAUUUGCUGCUGAAGAAGGCUAUUACAGAGCUCCAGAAUUCCAUGUUCGCGAAGUGGCGAAACCAGCUCCCGGGUUCGUUCAAUUAGCAGAGAACCGCGAAUGCUUUUUGAACGUGGCAGGCACGAUUUUGACCUUCCAAGCCCAUCCUGAAAUCAACAGCGAUCUUGCUAGGAGAAUGCUUCUGGAUGAAGACGAUACCUACAACGGAAAUUCUACCAAGGAGCAACUGGACGAACAAGUUCGGAGGUUAGCGCAGGCUACAGAUGGAAUCGAACUUGUUAAGCGAGUUAUUCAAUGGGUUAGGGAAUAG